AUGUGGUUUUAUUACACUGGACUCGGAGUGAUAUUGGCCAUCAGUUCACUAGCUGGAGCUUAUCAAGUGAUACCAACUAUUGGAGAUGGAAUACCGGAUCAGCUGAACAUUACUACAGGUCCAUUUGUUAAAAUCGGCCACGGUUAUUAUUACAUUGAAACUCAGAAGCAAAAGAGCUGGUUUGAUGCCUUCGAAUCUUGUCGUCGAAUAGCCUCUAACCUAAUAGCUUUUGAGACUAUUGAAGAAUGGGAUUUGAUUAACCAGUAUCUGUAUACGAAUGGGAUAGAUGAUUUGUACUGGACAUCGGGUGCGGACUUUGCGCAGAAGGUAAAGCAUGAUUGGUUUUCAACAGGUGAACCCAUAUCAUUAGAUAUUUGGGCUCCGGGGGAACCAAAUAAUGGCGGUGGAGUGGAGCAUUGCGACGAGUUGGGGUACAAAGCCACACCAACAAAUUACAAUGGUUUGAAUGACAGAAUUUGCGAAGUUAAAAGACGUUACAUAUGUGAAAGAUUAUAUCCAAAAACAGCCUCAUUUGUUAUCUGGGAAUAAAUAAUACAAAAAAUUAUGAA